GAAAUCCCUGAUAACGCGGCGCGCGCUCCCGCUCGGCUGUGAAUGGGGCUCAGUCCAGCCUGUGACAGCUCGUCCAGCGGCACGAACCUCGGUCCGCUGCUCCGCUCGGCUCCGCUGCGCUCAGACUCCCCCCGCUAAGCGAACGGCGCCGCUCCUCCGGUAGUCCCCGUCCGUUCAGCACCGGCAAGUUGGUGUCACUGACGGGCGGAGCUGUCUCUGUGUGUGUCCAGGAAUGAGAAAUGAUGGCCGGCUCUGCAGCAGAGGAGAAAACCUUCCGCCGGUUCCUGGAGCUCUUCCUCCGGGAGAUGAGAAUGCCUCUGCAGGAGAGCGACCCGCUGCCGCUGCGCCCCUUGACGGACCUGGUGUCUGAGGACGAAGUGGAGGGGGAAUGCCUCGACCUGUGUCUGCAGCACCUCUACAAAUACAACUGCCCCUGCUCCCUGGCUGCUGCCCUGGCCCGGGCCACCGCCGACAGCGUCCUGCAGACCGACCUCUCCAUUCACCACCUCAACAAGACUGUGGAAGAUGGAGCUGACCCGUUACCACAGUUAGAAUCUGUGAAGCUCGCCCGGCUGGUGUUUAACAGCCUCUUCGAGAUGUGCUGCCUCUGGAUGAAGGAGCUGCCGUUCCACCGCCGUCCACAGCCGUACUACGAGACGUCCAUCCACGCCAUCAAGAACAUGAGGCGCAAGAUGGAGGACAAGCACGUCAUCAUCCCCGACUUCAACACGCUGUUCAACGUUCAGGAUCAGGAAGAACAAGCUUUCUUUGCGGUGUUCGACGGUCACGGCGGGGUGGACGCUGCCGUUUACGCGGCCAACCAUCUCCACGUCAACUUGGUUCGACAGGAAUCGUUCAGCCAAGACCCCAGUGAGGCGCUCUACAGAGCCUUCAGGCUCACAGAUGAACGCUUCGUGAAGAAGGCUUCACGAGAGAACCUUCGUUGCGGCACAACAGGCGUGGUGACAUUCCUUCGGGGUCGGACGUUGUACGUGGCCUGGCUGGGCGACUCUCAGGUCAUUCUGGUCAGGAGAGGGCAGGUGGUGGAGCUGAUGAAACCACACAAACCAGACAGAGAGGAUGAGAAGAAGAGGAUUGAAGCUCUGGGAGGUUGUGUGAUCUGGUUCGGCACAUGGAGGGUCAACGGCAGCCUGUCGGUAUCCAGAGCGAUAGGCGACUCGGAGCACAAGCCCUACAUCUGUGGCGACGCAGACCAUAGCAUCUUCCCAUUGGACGGCUCAGAAGACUACCUGAUCCUAGCCUGUGAUGGCUUCUGGGACACCGUGGGUCCAGACGAGGCGGUGCGGGUGGUCAGCGACCAUCUCCAGGAGAACGCCGGAGACACCACCAUGGUGGCCCACAAGCUGGUGGCCUCAGCCCGAGACGCGGGCUCCAGUGAUAACAUCACCGUCAUCGUGGUCUUCUUGCGGGACCCUCGCUCUCCGCUGCCCACCAGCACCGAGGAGGAAGAGGAAGGUGUGAUGGAGGGGGAGGUGGAGGCGGAGGACGUAGCGGAGGUGGAGGAGGAGGAGCAGGAAGAGGAGGAGGAGGAGGAGGAAGAUGAAGCAGUCAGGGUGGAGCGUGAUGGCGGUGAGGGAGGCAGCACUGCGGACAUCGGGGGGAAGGGCCGCGGAGGUUGGCCCCUGCAGCAGUGCUCGGCUCCCGCUGACCUCAGCUACGAAGACCGAACGGACUCGUUGACGGACAGAACGAGCCUCAGCCUGCUGGGGCCGUCGCUGGAGGGCCGCAUCUCCCUGAUCCAGGGUAACAGGCAGCCCUGCUUCAACUUCAGCUCCGACCUCUUCACAGCCUCCCACAUCUACCGAGAAGAACGCCCACUGAAGCGCAGGUCCUGUAUCCCUUUUCAGGAGCCCAGCACCUCCAGCUUCACGGACCCACUGUGGCCCCAGACAGCCAUGCUGUUAGGCCAGGCAGUGAGGCGAAGCCACAGGCCUGGUUACGGUAGUCGCCGGUGGCGCCGGCGGUGGCCAGGCAGGUCCAAGGAGCUGCUAGGCCUGUCACCAUCCGGCCCCUUGCUGCCCUGCAUGCAGCACUACUCCACCCGGAGGCCUGGCGUGGCAGCGCCCCACGAUGUCACCAUCUGAAGAGGUGACCCAAACCAAACCAUCUCCUUCAUUUCUUCAGCCCUGCUCCCUGCCCCUCCGCCCCCCGACCCACCCACCUUUGCCUUCAACAAUAAGUCUUUCUUUGAUAGUUGGUAGUUGUGGCUCCUGCAGUUGUCAUGUGAUUAUUGAAUCUCUGUCGGAGAAGUGGUGCUCUCUGUCCUAAGCCGAAAUGUUUCCAAAUGUAAGCUGGCCCACUAAACACAAGCCCUGCUCCUUACUGCUGUAGGUAAAACGCAAAACUGCAUCCUCUCCAUGGUGACCAGUCAACAUGAAACCAGAGCUGGAACCGCAGGUUACUGAGAUGUGUUCAGACUGAAUGUAAAAUGCAUCUUUGAAGCAGCAAACAGUUUGAGGAAAGGACGAGACACGCUUUACUGUAGGAAGUGCAUUUAAGGUGUGAAAUGUGCGAUUAUAUCUAAAUAAAAGAGAGUUUAGAAGCAAAUAACAAACAGCUGGAGUCACAGGUACAUUUUAAAAUCAAUUGGCUGGACUCGUCAGCUAGCUGAGGCUUUAUUCUCUGCUGGACUAUGAAAGCUCUUCAGUGCACUUCCAUUCAGUCUGAACACACAUUUAAGUUUAAUUUAUGGACUUGGUCGCGCCACACUCUUUACACAGAUGUUAUCGACAGAUGUUAUCUAUUUUGGAAAGAAAGAAAAUGCAAUAUGGGACGAGUUUUGAUGCUCUCUGGUACAUAGAAUAGAAAAAAGAUAAUCUUGCAGAAGAAUACACUACUCAGCCAAAAGUAUGUGGACACCUGAAAAUUAGACCAAUAUGUUGAGGAUUUGCUCCGUUUCAUCCACAGCAAGUCUGAUGAACUUAAGCUGUUUCUGAGGGUAGUAUUAAUAGCAGUAUUUUCUAUAAAGAUAUCUACUGGAUAAACAAACUGUUCCUCAUGACCUCAGACAUGUUUUUAGUGUUCUGUACUGUAAUUUCCUGUUACUUUUGGAUGAUAUAUAUGUCCACCACCACCCACAUGCAUUUAUUAAGGUGAUAUUGCCAGAAUUUUGGCUAUGAUGAUGAUUUGUUCAUGAACUGUUCCUACAAAGUUGAAAAGACAUUCUUAUCAUCCAUCACUGUAGCCGCACAGUAGCAGUAAGACUUCCCAUGACUGAAACUAAACAAUCUUUGAACACAAACACACAAAAUACCAUUUAAACAGCACAUCCACACACAUUUUCCUGCGUCCAAGAGAAAGUAAAAAGAGGUUGACUGUGUGAUCACUUCUCUUUCUUCCCAUUUGAAGUCACCUAGGGUUAAGUGACACACAUCGUCUUUUGUCUUGAGACAGCUGUCGAGAAUGUCGAGCGACCAAGCAUUAAAUUAAGCUCUAAUGGCCC